CAAACAACAACCAGAGGAUCCGCCGCUCUUUACUUUCAUUUUUAACUUAUUUUAACCUCCUGCAUCUGCAGCAGCCGCGGGGAUUCCACAGGGAUAACAUUCUUUAAAGUCAGAAAAAUAAAUAAUUGUACGUCUCCAGCUGCUCACGCACUCGGACCUGCUGCUCUGCUCUUGCUCGGAGCCGCCAGGACUCUUUCUUUUACGCACAGACCGAACCGAACCCGGACCUGCGGACGCUCCGCCAUGGCGCGCUUCCUCCUCCUGCCGGGUCUCCUGCUGCUCGUGGCCGCGCACACGGCCUCCUCCUCCGGGGUCUUCGAGCUGAAGAUCGACUCCUUCUCCUCCUCCAGCGGGAUCUGCCGGCGCGCGUCCCCGCGCUGCCAGCUGCGGUUCCGCGCGUGUCUCCAGCACGCGCAGGAGGUGGUGGAGCCCGAGCCGCCGUGCACGUACGGGACGGCGCGCACGGAGCGCCUGGACCUGGACCCGGAGUCCGUGUCCCGGUCCGCGCCCCUGCGGGUGGAAUUCCGCUUCAAGUGGCCGGGAACUUUCUCUCUGAUCAUCGAGGCCUGGAGCUCUGAGGCGUCAGGACCAGAGUCCGCAGAGGACCAGCUGGUGAGCCGCGUGGUGGCGCGCAGCAACCUGACGGUGGGGGGUUCCUGGUCCCAGGGCCGGCGCCAGGACGGCCGCGGCGGCGAGCUGCGCUACUCCUACCGCGUGCGCUGCGACGAGCACUACCACGGCGCCGCCUGCUCCAGCCACUGCCGGCCGCGCAACGACACCUUCGGCCACUACGAGUGCGACGGCGAGGGCCGGCGCCGCUGCCUGGCGGGCUGGGAGGGCGACUACUGCACCCAACCCAUCUGUGCGGCGGGCUGCAGCGAGGAGCACGGCCAGUGCGAGGCGCCCGGCGUGUGCGUGUGCCGGCAGGGCUGGCGCGGCGAGCGCUGCGACGAGUGCGACCGCCACCCCGACUGCGUCCACGGCACCUGCCAGCUGCCCUGGCAGUGCAACUGCAAGGAGGGCUGGGGGGGGCUGUACUGCAACCAAGACCUGAACUACUGCACCAACCACAAGCCAUGCCAGAACGAGGCCUCGUGCACCAACACCGGAGAGGGCAGCUACACCUGCACCUGCCGACCCGGCUUCUCCGGCAAGAACUGCGAAAUCGAGACCAACGAGUGCGACAGCAACCCCUGCAAGAACGGCGGCAGCUGCACAGACUUGGCCAACGACUACACCUGCACCUGCCCGCAGGGCUUCUACGGCAAGGACUGCGGUGUUAGCGACACGCUCUGCGCCGACACCCCGUGCUUCAACGGGGGAACCUGCGUGGAGAAGGACGCCGGCGGCUACACCUGCCAAUGCACGCACGGCUACACCGGCUCCAACUGCGAGAAGCGAAUCAGCAAAUGCAGCAGCAACCCCUGCGCCAACGGUGCGGAGUGCUUCGACCACGGCAACCGCGUCACCUGCCGCUGUCGUCCGGGCUUCACGGGCCAGCACUGCGAAACCAACAUCGACGACUGCGCCAGCAACCCCUGCCGCAACGCCGGCACCUGCGUGGACCGCGUCAACGACUUCUCCUGCACCUGCACGCUGGGCUUCGCCGGCAAGGACUGCUCGGUGCGCGCCAGUCCCUGCGACCUGUUCCCCUGCUUCAACGGCGGGACGUGCUACACGCACUUCACCGGGCCGGUGUGCGACUGCCCGCCGGGCUUCAUGGGAGCCCGCUGCGAGUACUCCGUCAGCAGGGUGACCACCGAACCCCCCACCGUUCAGGACGCCUCCACCGCGCUGGUGGCGGCCAUCGUCCUCGGCUUCGUGACCUUCGCCCUGCUGGUGUGCGGAGCCGUGCACAUGCUGCGGCAGCUGCGCCGGCGCAGGAAGCUGGCCGCCAUUUCUUUAUCGGUGAAGAACGACCUGGAGACGGUGAACAACCGCAACGCCGUGAUCGGCGGCGGAGGACACCACAACGGAAUGCUACCUGGAGCGCCGCUGGGAAGCCUGAAGGAGAAGGAGGCGUUCCUGCUCCCGGGAGCCCAUCUCAAGGUGUCCAAUAAGGACGCAGCGCUGCUGGAGAGGGGCGGCGACAGCAUGUCCAUGUUCAAGAACAAGAUGGCCGACUACAACCUGGCGAAAGAGGAGCAGCGCCUGGAAAAGAGCAAGUUUGACCUAAACAAGUGUGACUCUUCGCUCAGCUUUGCCAAGGACAGCCUGUACCAUCCGGUGUUCAUCAUCCCGGAUCAGGUGGAGCAGUGCGUGUUCGCCACCGAGGUAUAACCUCGAGUGGUCGGACCGCCAGCGUAGGAUCCUUCACGCUGAAACCUUUCAGUCAAGGACAGUACGCCCAGAGGAUCUAUUCUGCAUACAAGCUUUUAUUUAUUAUUUAUUACUGCUGCUCAAUGGAAAGAACCAAACAAAAGACUUUUAUUCUGCUUCGACGCCGAUACUGCUCGGAUGACAAUGAGGAAAAACUGAAUGUCCUGCAUCAUUUGCACUAUAUUACCUUUUUCUUUUUAUACUUUAAAUGCUAAUAUAAUUUUCAGGCUGUCUGUUCUAUUUCAAGCUUCUUUGGAUCUGACAUGAACAAAAGACAUGAACUGUCCUCCAAUCAGAAAGCCCGGUGCCUUAGCGGUGCUCCCUAAUCAUUGUGGCAACCUUUACGUACCCGGUGUCAGUUCAAUCAUUGGGAGGACCUGCCGACAGUCACGGGACGCAAAAAAGAAAAUGUUUUAGGUCAAACAACCUGAUGUUUGUCCCAGUCGAUGGAUCUGAAGGAACAGAUCUCGGGAGAUCGACGUCAGCCUUACAAUCACCGUCCGAGUCCAUAAACUCUGAAGUGCCUCUUAAGAAGAAGACAGCUAAAGGACUCAAAGCCUGAAGCCUUCAGGACCAACUUGAUUGUUUCUCUGAGAGGCAACAAGUGUCUUUAUUGAUAAAGUUUGUAAAAAAAAAAAUAAAAAAAAAAUCCUCCAGAACUGAGCCAUCCCUCCAUCAUCCAUCCCAGUGGUUUCCGGUGAAUCCGUCUGUACAAUCCUUUAUCGUAGAUAAUCUACUAAAUGUUGCCUUGGGGUCGAGUCAUACGGAUCCCUUUUCUUCUUCUCCCCCCGUUUAUCUCUCCGUGGCCAAACCUGUGUUGUUGCCACGUCCGUCAUCAGGUAUAAAGCAACAUUUUAACGUGAACUGAGGAGGAGGUUUUGCGAGUCGCCAGACUAACGAUAGAAACAGCUGAUCCAGGUGCUUAUAUUUAAUGAAAAUAGAAGGACUCCAAAGAGUUUUUUUAUUCCUUCUGUCUUUUUUUUAUCUGUGAUGAAUAAUCCCUUUGAUACCAAAAAUACGUGUCAUUUCCUGUGUAGUCUAAAGUCUAAGUGUCUUCUGCUUUUCUUUGUUAAUUUAAGAGAACAAUGCAAUGUGUACAUUUUUUCUCCAAACGACAGUUUUCCUAUUUAAUUUUUGCCUUUUUGUACAUAAUUUUGUAUUUAUGGAAGAAAAUUGUAUAUAUGUCUACGUUAAUGUCUGUAAUGUCUCAGUCAGAAUCAAGAAAUAUAUAUUUUCAUAAAUGAAUUAGAAAAUAA